GUCUCUCCGCUGUGACCAAAUUAUCAACAACAUUUUCCGACUGCGGUCGAUCGAACUCGCUACCCGGCCAUGCCAUGUGGAGAAGAAACUCACUCAGUCUCGCAUCCAAACUCGCUCGCCUAAACUCCAACCCUUCUCCCUUUCUCCUCCUCCGCACCUCCCAACACCAUGGACCCCUCUCUCGAUCCAAUUCCACCUCACCCCCGGAUCCCGUGAUUUGUUCUCAAUCCCGCCCCGAUGUCCGGUUCAUCGCCACGCGUGCAGCGUGCGAUUCCGCCGUUGACUUGCCGGCAGCGGCAGCAGCAUCCGCGUCGGCGGGGAAGGGUAAGGAAGUGGCGGAAUUGGUUAGGCACUACAGCAGAUGCUAUUGGGAGCUUUCCAAAGCUCGAUUGAGCAUGCUAGUCGUGGCCACCUCUGGCACUGGAUAUAUUCUUGGGAGCGGCAGUUCGAUUGAUUACCUUGGCCUUUGCUGCACGUGUGCAGGCACCAUGAUGGUUGCAGCUGCGGCUAACUCCCUAAACCAGGUGUUUGAGGUUAAAAAUGAUGCAAUGAUGAAAAGAACCAGAUUAAGACCACUACCAUCCGGGCGUAUUACCAGACCUCACGCAGUUAUGUGGGCAUCUUCUAUGGGUUUAGCAGGCACUGCGCUACUGGCUUGUGAGACUAAUAUGCUGGCAGCAGGCCUUGCAGCUUCUAAUCUUGUCCUCUAUGCGUUUGUAUAUACUCCGCUAAAACAAAUUCAUCCAGUAAAUACCUGGGUUGGAGCUAUAGUUGGUGCAAUCCCACCUCUCCUUGGAUGGGCUGCAGCUUCUGGCCAGAUCUCACUUAAUUCGAUGGUGCUUCCUGCUGCUCUAUAUUUUUGGCAACUACCUCAUUUUAUGGCCCUUGCAUACUUAUGCCGCAAGGAUUAUGCUGAUGGAGGGUUCAAGAUGUUCUCACUUGCCGAUCCUUCUGGAUACAGAACAGCCUGGGUUGCCCUGAGGAACUGCCUUUAUUUACUUCCGCUAGGUUACCUGGCUUAUGAUUGGGGUAUCGCUUCAGGGUGGUUCUGCGUGGAAUCGACACUCCUCGCUCUUGCAAUCAGUUCAACUGCAGGGUUGUUCUUGGUCAACCGCACAACAAAAAAUGCACGGAGGAUGUUCCAUGCUAGCCUCCUUUAUCUUCCAGUCUUCAUGGGUGGGCUCCUAGUACAUCGGCGUUAUGAUAGAGAAUUGUCUCUUGCUGUGGAGAAUUCAAAUCAAUUAGCUGAGUCGACAUUGUCUUCCUCCUUGGAUGGAGAGCUGACUGAAUCUUCCUCCCCUCGGAAAAACAGAAGACCAGCUCCAUCGCGAGCGCCAGUUGCAUAUGCCUCGGUCGCUCCAUUUCCAUUCUUACCAGCGCCAUACGUCAGCGACUAAGGUGUAAGAGCUGUAUAGUGAAAUUAAAUGUGAAGAAUUUGAUUGUGGAGUUUUACAUAUUUACCGGGCGCAGAGCAGAAUUUGCGGCAACUUUUUUGUUUGUGGUGACAAUAAGUGAUGUUGAUAGGAGGAGGAAGAUGUUGAUGCAUCUUGGCUUUCUCUUUUCGGAUAGGGGAGAUUAAUAAUUCCUCCAUAAAACCAUUCUAGAAUGGGAGACGCCGUUUUGAUAGAAUCUAAGAAUUUAAUUGAAACAUUAAUAUAUUCUCUCCGGAAUUAGCUA